AUGGCCACAGACUGCCUGCAAUGAUACUAAGCGACAUGUCAUUGAACACGAGUUCAAUGAGUGUUGCUCACCUUCUUCUCUGGGACAGGAAGGGGUAAAGUUCAAAGUAUCUGAGCGUGUCCUCAUUGAAGAGGCGAGGGCCAGCGCGGGAACAUCUGCUACAUCUAUUUAGGAUGCUUCCCACGUGGAAUCCUAUCAACUAUUCAUCAUCUCCAACAGUGAAGGAAAGAGGGCAGCAUGGAGACAAUAGGCUUUGUGGUAAAGCAUACCUGAAAGAUUUGGCACCAAUAAGACACAGAAAUGAUGAUGCAAAGUAUUCUCAUCUGGGCCGCCACACACAACAGACAAAGGUGAAGCACAAGUGAGCAACAGCAGAGACAACAGCUAAAAAAGCUCAUGAACACGCUGUAUCUGCUCUAAAACCUUUGACCCUUGGGAAACUUGUCUUUCGACAGCAUGCAUACUUGCACGUCCCAGAAAGCUUCACUAAAGCAAGCAAAGCAGGAAGAGAGUUCACUCUGUGCAUUGGUUCAGCAGCUAGAUGCUUCAUAGAACAACCGUCUCAUAGACCUUCAUGCUGUCAGUCAUACGGUGUCUCUGUGAGGGGGAGGCGGGGCCACUAGCACACACAUCAAAAGUCUGGACCCUGGUGAGGAGCAUUGCAAGCAUUGUGCCUGAAAAUUUCCUGUUGGGGACACCUGCUGAAAAGGACACAGAAAUGAUAAGGCACGUACGACAGUGAAGUCUCCCCACCACCCUCUGGAAGUCCAUCCUAAUGUCACAGUGAGACCAAGACCGCCAGCUGCUUCCAGAUUGAUUAAAAUGAGAAUGAGGGGGAGGCAUGACGAAGGUACAUCCAGUGUGCGAAGGAUGGAGGCGGGGAAGCAUUAGACCAUGACAAGGUGUCUUCAUGAAGUAGGACGGCCACCACGAAUCACGAUCAAUCACCUUUUCAGUGGCUACCAUUAAGUGGUGCAGCGUCAGAUGCAGGCAAGAGGAGCUCACCUUGAAUACUACCGCAAAGACGUGUACUAACUGAAGUCCCAAAGAGAUGGAGUCUUCAAGGGAACAUCAAACGUGUGCACGUGUCCCUCCAGACUAGCAUAAGCACAAGCACCGAUGGGAAGGUGGGAACACGCUUACAGCCUUCAUCUGUAAAGUAUCCACUGUCUUCAAGGAAGCUGCUCUCCAAUCCUAGUGAGAAAGUGAAGAUACCACACCACAUUCAUUUGCUGAGGAGUUUGCAGAAUGUUCCUCACCUUUGGGUGCAAAGUGCAGGUUUGGAUUGCGCAAUUUAAAGUAAACAAUUCAUCAUGGCAAGGUAUACCACCCUCUGUUCAUCCUGAUUUUGUGUUGCAUUUUUAACAAAACACAUAUUCUUAAGUAUGUCAGCAUUAGUAAUAAUUUAUACCGGAUUCCCUUACAAAAAGGGAGGGAAACUAGGAAACUUCACCUGCACUGUACAGUAUCAAGGUAUUUAUUUCACAGUCACACCGGAUACCGGAUUGGCUAAAAAGUUACAGAAUCGAUUUAAAGUUACUGAAUCGUUUUGGAUCGUAUCGUUCUCAAUGAGCCAAUAUUGUCCUUGAAUCGUAUCGGCAACCACGAAUUGUGAUACGAAUCGUUAUUCAAACAAGGAGUAAAAGUGGGUUUUAAAAGCUGCUCCUAGCUCCCUCCUUUUGGGGUCACUUUUUAUGAUUUUCUUUUUGUAAUUGUCAUUUUUGCUAACAACCUCUUUAGCUUGUUUACCCGCCAGGCUGUUUUUUCUUUGUUGUAGCAUCUCCUUGUGUUGGUGCACUUUUUGUAUUUUGCUUUUUUUCCUCUGUUCCUGCAACUGCCAUUUUUGCUUUUUUCCCCCUCAUUUUUGGUGGGAGGGGGUUUUGGCAAUUGUAUUUUUAGAAUGGUGGGUGGCCAAUAAAAAACUGCAGGUGGUAAUUGGCCCUGCGGCUGUACUUUGAACACCCCUGGUGUUCAGACAGAUCGUUCCACAUGUUGGGAGCAGUAGUAGUCCCUCAGUUUCAAUAUGAGUCCACCUGUAUGAAUCCGCCUCUUCUAUUUACUAUUUAUUGUCCAGAAAUGACAGUUGAUUGGUUAAAAGAACCUUAAGAGUUGUAGUGCCCCCUGUUGCUUCGCCAUUUCAUUGGCUGAAUGGGUUGUCUGAAUGUGGCAUUUCCUACAGUUACUUAUGGAAUAUUUAACAUUGAUGAGUGUCGAUAGCUUCCCUGCCUGAUCCAGUCAGAGAAUCCAGGCCAGGUUUUGUUCUGUGCCUUCAUGUGCAUCUUGUGUUCUCACAGUCAAGUCUGCAGGCAAACACACGGAGCGAUGCAGGAGGACACUCCAGCCACACAAGUGACGUCCUACCGCAUCCAGCCUGCAGUCAUCUCCUGGCACAGGCACCAUUCCACACACGAUAAGAGGAAUAUUCUCCACAUCAUCCAAUUGCUGCGUUGCCAAGGUGGAGAGAUGAACACGCACGGAGGACAGAGGCGGCCAAAUUAAACCCAGCCCGGCAAAGAUGAGACAAUAAAGCAGAGUGUGUGCAGACCUCCUGCAGCUUCACAAUGACAAUGAAGGGCCUGUCCAGCAGCCACAGUCACCAUCACGCUGUCGCCUGUGACCUCUCCUACGACUCCAUGACCCUGGGUCACUCGGAUCGUCAGCCCUACUUCCUGAACCCGGCCGAGGCUCACCCGGCUGAGCGCCCGUGUUACACCCAGCGCAGCUCCUUCCAGUCUGAAUGCAGUGCCUACCCAGACUUGGCCAGCUGCACCUUCCCUCGCAGACAUUACAGCUCCCACCAUGAGCUGAAGGAGGAGUGUGGGCCUCUGGUGCCUUACACGGGGCCAACAGGAAGUGCUAAAGGCAAAAACAACAACAACCGUCUGUCUUCUAACCUGCUGGAACAGUUUGAUCACCAAGCUCCCGCACGGCGAGAAGGCUACCACACGCUGCAGUACAAGCGCACGGCGGUAGAACACCAGCGCAGUGACAGUCCCGGGCGAAUUCGCCACCUUGUUCACUCUGUCCAGAAGCUGUUCACUAAGUCCCACUCCCUGGAGGGACCCUCAGGGUCUGGCACUACAGGGAGGAUGAAUGGUGGUAAAAACAGCCCCGAUGACCCACCUUCUUCGUCUGGAACCCUCAAACACAACAAGCGAAGCAAAAGCAAAGACCGAUCCAAGUCGGAGCCCAAGAUGCGUAGUGCCAUCUCUGGCUACUGGAGCUCAGACGACACCCUGGACCGGGAGGUGUGCCUUUACCACCAUCACAGCGGAGGACAACCAUCAGGGGUCAUGACCAUGGGGCGACAUCCGGACAAGUCGCAGUCGCAGUACUUCAUGGAGUCCUACAACACCAUCAGCUCCCACUCCCUGAAGACAUCCCGCAGCAACAACGAUGUGAAGUGCUCGACCUGCUCUGGGAGCGGCAAGGGAGGCCUCCCGCUGUUGGGCCCGCUAGAUGGCCAAGUGCAGCUCAAGAAGAGCUCGUGGUCUUCUACGCUGACGGUGAGCAGAGCAAGAGAGGUCUACCAGAAGGCCUCAGUCAACCUAGAUAACGCUCUAGUGAAAGCUGAGCAGGGACGCACCUGCCACUUCCUGCAGGUACCUCAGGAUGACUGGAGCGGAUUCUCCCCGCUGGCCAAGGAUGAUGAGAUCCCUUGCCGGAGGAUGCGAAGUGGCAGCUACAUCAAGGCCAUGGCUGAGGACGACAGUGGCGACUCAGACAGCAGUCCUAAACCUUCGCCUAAGGUACAAGCGCGGCGGGCCAGCUACCUGAAGGCCACACAGCCUUCGCUCACUGAGAUGACCACUCUUAAGAUCUCCACAGAGCACUCUCCCAAGCUGCAGAUCAGGAGUCACAGCUAUCUGCGGGCUGUCAGCGAGGUUUCUAUCAAUAGGAGUCUGGACAGCUUGGACCCGGCAGGGCUGCUGGCCUCGCCUAAAUUCCGUUCCCGCAAUGAGAGCUACAUGAGAGCCAUGAGCACCAUCAGCCAGGUGAGCGAGGUGGAGGUGAACGGGCAGAUCGAGGCGGUGUGCGAGUCGGUGUUCAGUGAGAUGGAGUCGCAGGCGGUGGACGCACUGGAUUUGCCCAUGCCUGGCUGCUUCCGCAUGCGCAGCCACAGUUACGUGCGCGCCAUCGAGAAGGGAUGCUCACAGGAGGAAGAGGAGGAAGAGGCGGCGGGGCGGGGAGGCGGCGUCGGGGCCAACCGCAAGGCUGGGUCGCCUCCACGUACCACCACCACUGUCAGAACCAUCCAGAGCAGCACAGUGUCGUCAUGCAUCACCACCUACAAGAAGACCCCUCCACCCGUCCCGCCGCGGACCACCCCGUCCAAGCCCUUCAUCUCCAUCACGGCCCAAAGCAGCACCGAGUCGGCCCAGGACGCCUACAUGGACGGCGGCGUGGGUCCUCGCAAGGGCAUGGGCUCUCAGCCGGGCCUAUCCAACUCCACCGAGAGCAUCGACAGCAUGAAGGCCCUGACGGCAGCCAUCGAGGCAGCCAACGCUCAGGUCCACGGCCCCGCCAGUCAGCACGUCACCAACAGCACCGUCACCAACACCGCCACGGUCACCACCGCCUCCACCGAGAGCAAGGCGCAGAGGGAGGCGCUCCGCAAGUGCCUCUCUAUAGGGGUCCAGGUUGAGCCGGAGGAAGGCGUGCAAACUCAGGAGCAGUCCAAGUUCCACUCCAUAGGAAUUCAGGUGGAGGAUGAGCGAUGUCAGCGGCGUAUGACCCGAUCCAACAGCGUGACCACCGCCGUCCAGGCUGACCUGGAUGACCCCGCUGACGGCCCGCAGCUGCCCCCGCCUCGCCACUGCGCCACCAUGCCACGCCAGCACUCUCGCGACGCCGCCACCUCCACGGUACGAAUCCAAGGGUCGGGGAACCACUACCACGCUUGCGCUGGAGACGACUACGGCGAGGCCGGCUUCGACCCGUCCAUCCUUCCCCCACCGGCCCCCUGGAUGGACAGCGUGGCCGAGCCCGAGGCAGUGCUGACGGCAGAGGGCACGCUAGAGGCCAUCAGCCGCUCCGUGUGCCCCCGAGAUGGACGCUGGUUCCUCAAGCUGCUGCAGGCUGAGACGGAGCGCAUGGAGGGAUGGUGUUGCCAGAUGGAGCAGGAACAGACACACAACCAGCUUACAGACGACAUCCUGGGCAAGAUCCGCAGUGCAGUGGGGAGCGCCCAGCUGCUCAUGUCCCAGAAGUUCCAGCAGUUCCGAAAGCUGUGUGAGGAGAAUUUGAACCCCAACGCGCAUCCCCGACCCGUCUCUCAGGACCUGGCGGGUUUUUGGGACAUGCUGCAGCUGUCCAUCGAGAACAUCAGCCUGAAGUUUGACGAACUUCACCAGCUCAAAGCCAACAACUGGAAGUCUCUGACCCCCCCGGACAUCCAGGAGAGACGGGCGCCCCCUCCUGUGCCAAAGAGACCCCAGAAGGGCCACGCCCCCUUGGCCAGGGACCGCUCGCUGGAGAGCUCCGAGCGCCAGCGCCUGGAGGCCCGCAAGCGUCUGCUGGCCGCCAAGCGGGCCGCCUCUGUGCGCCAAAGCUCUGCCACGGAGAGCGCCGACAGCAUCGAGAUUUACAUCCCUGAGGCGCAGACGCGACUAUGAGAUACACACACACACACACACACACACACACACACACACACACUAAGAGACAUGCCAGAUGACAGUGGUGGUCGACAAGAGAUGUAUAUUUGGAUUAUUGUUAUCUAUUUAUUUAUUUAUUUAAUUAUUUCAUAACCCCCCCCCCACCCCCACCCCACCCACCCUUUCUCCCAGCUUCGAUGUAGCACCCCCACCUCCCUAAACACACACUCAUAAUGUAUGCUCAUGUGAGAGAGUGACGUGUGUGUGUGGUCAGUCGUGACGUUUAAAUAAUGCCAAGCAGCGUGACAGCAGACAGUGCCAACAGGAUGGGGGGGUGCGCAACCCUUCCUGUGUUUGCAAAAUGACACGAGAUCGAAUUUGGCCCCCUGCAGGUGUGCAGCUUUUAGGGAGAAUCCACCACAAAGGCCAUCGUGUGUGCGUGCGUGUGUGUGUGUGUGUGUGUGUGUGUGUGUGUGUUGACAUUCAUUCAUAAGUGCUUCCUAUCAAACAUUUAAGGUGGUAACAUUGGUCAAACUCGCCUGUGCAGGCCGGGACACAACAUUAGGUACACCGACGCGAACGACAUCAUCGUAAGGUGAUUGUAAUAAUGAUACGUGUUGACUGGUUCGUUUAUUGUUUAAAGUGUUUGUGUUCCUAAUGUGGUGUCCGGUGGGAAAAGGACAAGCAGACGGGUUAUUUGAACUUUCAUGGUUUACUUUAAUAAAAGUGCUUGUGUUCUGUUCUACAAAGUCCCGGCUUUAUUGGCAGCGUUAGGGCAGGACCACAGGCCAGGGUGCACGUCCGCAGUCCUGCUGAAUGUCACACAAAACUCUUUUUUUUUAUUUCACAUUUUUUAUUUGCCUCCUCGCUGAGCGCGUAGUGACUUUUUCAAAUCAUUUUUGUAUUUUGUAUUAAUUUAUUGCAUAGGCGACUGUUGACCGACAUACUGACAACAAGGCCCGUCUACUGUGUUUUUGUUUUGUAUUGUUUCAGCCUUAACUUUUAACAGUCGAGCACAACAGCGCUCUCAGGGGAAGACGUGUGUGUGUGUGUGUGUGCGUGUGUGUACGUGCGUGUGUGUGUACGACCUCUGGCGGUUUAGUCUCUGCUGUUACAUCACUGCGAUGAGAAAUAGGAAGUGUGCUAGGAUCUAGGCUAGAAGGUGUGGUAGGAUUUAGGCUAGGAAGCUAGGAUGUAUGCUAGUAUCUAGGCUAGAAGGUAGGGAUGUCCCCACUUUUUGACUUGUGAUACUACACCGAUAUCGCAGCCGUUAAUAUCAGCCAAUACAGAUAUUGAUCCGAUAUCAACACGAAUCGUACAUACAUGCAUACUUUUAUUAUUUAUUUUUAGUGUGGAAUGUUGAAAUGUCUUGAUAAGUGAUAUCACUCAACCAGAGUCAGCAACAGUCGGUAUGAGAAAAACUCACCCAUUUACCUCUUUAUGCAUGUGGUGUGUAGUUUUACACACCGCCCGACAUCACUCGCCACCGACAGGCGCUGGCGCUUCACAUGCGCGAUGAGGUCGGUCGUACUGCGCCAGUUCUGUGCCACUGUGGGAAACUUGUGCAUGGCAAGUUUUGCACUCAGCUGCAACGUAUUUUUGCUGCCACACGGCUGACAUUGCUCCUGCUCUUUGCUGUUUUGUUAGCACGCUAGCAAACACUGUUGUUUGGAUCACGUGGGCUCUGUCCGGGCGCUGCCGGAUAUACGUGCGAGGACGGAGUCUGGAAUUGACUGCUUGUAUCGGAGUGCCAAUGGAGAUAUGACAUGCAGGCCGGUGUAAUCUCUUUUUUAAAUUUUUUUUUUUUUUUUUUUGCUGAUAUCGGCUCGAUAGCCAAUAUCAAUAUUGGAUUGGGACAUCCCUAGUAGAAGGCUAGGAGGUGUGCUAGGAUCAAGGCUAGGAGAUGUACUAGGACUCAGGUUAGGAGUCUGGGAGGUGUGCUAGGAGGCUAGGUGUGUGCUCGGAUCUAGACUAGGAGGCUCGGAAGUGUGCUACGAUUGAGGCUAGGAGGUGUGCUAAGAUCAAGGCUCGGUGCAAGGAGGUGUGCUAGGAUCGAGGUUAGAAGAUUAGGAGGUGUGCUAUGAUAAAGGCUAGUAGGACAGGAGGUGUUCUGGGACCUCGGCUAGGAGGUGAACUAGAAUUGAGGCUAGGAGGUGUGCUUGGAUCUAGGCGAGAGGCUAGAGGGCUAGGGAGCUAUGCUAGGAAUGAGGCUAGUUGACCAGCUAAUGUGUCAUUGUGCCAUUGGACGUUUGCCUACCAAUCAGUGACUACCUGAUAAAGUGAUGAUGUAAUCGUGCAGUUUGGCGCCAUUGCUCAUUUUUAUGUUUUUGAAUGGAUUUUAUUUUCACAAUUUGGAUUGACUUGUGUGUGAGACAAUGAGUGGACACUGUGUUCCUGUUCCUAAUAAUAAGAACAUAUCAAGUCCUGGUGUAGCAGGGAGCUGUGAUGUAAUUCUAUGAAGACGUUUGUACAUAAAUGAAUGUUUCCCUGUGUAAAUGUAAAUGAACAAAGAUAACUUUUUGUAAGUCAUGUUUAAUGGAUUAAAUGGCAUUAAAACAAACCGUGUUGCCAUCAUUCGCUGGCCUCCACAUGUGUUUUCCAUCCCCGUGCAAUUAAAGACACCACGAGGGCGGCACGACACUCUUUGUGGGCAGAGGCGGGUCCCCAUAAUUACGCCUCAUCCUCCUCCUCGGUGCACACGGAGCUUCCGCCGGUUCGUCGCUCAACCCCGGAUCAAGCCUCGCUGGGCCUGAGUGCAUUUUUUUGACCCAAAAGGACGGUCCGUCAUGGUGAGCUCCCGCCUGCAUUCACGAGCCGUCACUUUUGGCAGGCUGACAAGUCACGAGGAGACUGGACUUGCUUUCAAAGGGCUGCGUUACUGCUGAGCAGGUGUACCUAAUUGUUGUGGCUUUUAUGUGCGAUGUGUGUACAAAUGUAUGCCUCUAAACCAGACUGAUGAUCUCUCACACGCUGACUGUUGUGCAGUAAAACAAGUUGAGUCAUUUUUAAAAGAAGAGCGCAUGAAAGGAUGUUGGUCAAGCAUGAAUGAGAGGCCACGUCACUGCAAAAAACAAAUCCUCUUGAUGCCAACAGAGCAGCUUUAGAGCAGCUUGAGUGCAGCUGUCAGCCGAGACAGGAAGCUGCCUGACACGUAAGUCGCACUCCACGUCUGCUUCCUUCGUUUCUUCAAGGAUAUGCAAAUUGGCCACAUGGCACACAGAAAGAUGACGACGGCGGCAUAAAGUAGAAAAACAAAAGUUUAUUUGAAUCCCAUGUGACGUGUGUUUUGCCACAAACAUUGCACAGUAUGAAAAGAAAUCACAUCAUUGGGCGUCAUGCGAUCACAUGACCUACACACCCGGUGCUAUUAUACAUGAAAAUGCUUCUUUUGGCCAAAUGCUGUCUUUGUCAACUAAACGUUUAGUGUCGUGUGUCCUCUUCCAGUCCACUGGCCCGACCUGCUACAUUGCUCAUCUGAAAUGUCCCUUAUUUGGGCAAGGAAGGAGUAGAAAUAACAAAACGAGGGUAAAGAAGAAAAAAAAAACAAACAAGCAUCUUUCUUUUAAAACAGCUAAAUGACAAAAUGAAAAGCGAUAGUGUAACGUUUACUACAGUAGUGAAGACAUCAAUGCCAAGACGAGAUGAAAUGUUUGGAUCCAAAGGGGGCGGGGCUAGGACACAUAGCCCCACCUGCAAAAGACAGGCAACGUUGCUCUGAUUUUUGGUCCGUGUGUGCAAACAAGACACAUGUCCACAUAUGUCCAUACAAAUAUGAAAUGAAGGCACCGUGAUAGUGUUGGCAAUCAAAACUAGUUGACUGCUGUAGAAAAAAUAGAAAUGAUUAGGCAUUUUCACAGAGGGAGGGGGUGUUCUCUGCUGAGUCCAUGAAAUGUGUCGCCCCUUGUUUCUUUAGGACACCAACUGUUUGGCUUGCAGUUCCAUCUCAGCGGCCCGCUUGAGGGCGACGUCUACCAGGAGCUGAAAGCCACUGAAGUCCUGUGUGAGGUCAGGCGGGGUCGGGGGAGGGGUGUUGAAGAGGCCACUGCGGGGGCUCAGGUUGCCCUCCAGGAUGGUGGUGGCAGCAGUGAGCUGGCCAACGCCUUUGUCAAGACACCUGAGGAGCGCUUGUGCUGCCUGUAGCCGCUCGGCCGCCUUGUCAGAGUUCAGUGAAGGUGGUGUCGAGGGCUGCAGGGUGCCAGGCAUGGCCUGGCUGACAGUGGUGUGACAGAUGACAGAUGGCCGGGGGGGCUGGGGACUCAACGAGAGCGAUGUGGUUGUUGGGGAGGGUGCCAAGGGCGACAGCGCCUUCCUCAGUACGCCGGGCGCAGCAGGCUCGAAGCUGGAGGGGUGCAGGACCCGCUUGUCGUAGGCGUCGUCAGCGCCCCCUUCGGGACUGCUGUGUUUGGGCGACUGGGAGCUGUCAGAGAAGCUGUCACCUGCCUUUCCGCCUUUCCUGGAGAUGGUGAACUGGUUCGGGUCCUUGCCGUCUUUGCGCAGCAUCUCUGGGAGGAGGCGUCGGCGUGCAUUGAUGAACCAGUUGCACACCUGGAGAACAACAUGUCACAUUAAAUCUUACACUGAACAACACUAAAGUCGUACCAAUCAUGUCUUGAAGCAAUGAAGUGCACUACUUGGCACUUGUACUUCCUAUUGGAGAGCCUUCCUAUAUGCUCUAUGCUAUAUUUGAGGUAUCUUGAUGUUAAAACUUGAUUAUAUUUUGAUGUUUGUGUGUCAUUCAGGCCAAAGAGUAAAAAAAAAAGUGUGUUGUCAGCAGUCGUGAGGGUCAUCAGUGUUGCUGUGUUUAGUGGGCUAGUGGUAACUGGCAGUGAGAGGCAGCAGCUCAGUAAAUGACUCUACAUUGUUCCCAGACAGCUGGGGAGGGAAGGCUGCAGGGAGGGAAAUUCCUCAGCUUUAACUUACUCACUACUCCCGCCUCAAGAGAUAACUACAGAGCUGAUGACCUCCUCUGCAUGGAGUGUCAUGUUUUGACAGGAAGUGAUUCAGCCUGUGUGUGUGUGUGUUUGUACCUGCAGUGUGGAAAGCUGCGUCUGCUUGGACAGGAGUGCCUUCUCCUGCUCCGAGGGGUAGGCGUUGUAGCGGUGCUCGUACAGCCAGUCUCUGAGGAUCUGGACCGACUCCUUGGGUAGGUUGCCUCGCCGCUUCCUCUUACUGCCCCCCGAGCUGGAUGACAGGUCCAGAGGGGCGUCCACACUGUCAUCGUCGUCUGUCUCGCUUCCUGACAGCAUCAUCAAACCUGCCAGGAGGAGGAAGGAAAAGAGAUGUUGGUUGUGUGAGCUGUGUGAUGGAGGUCGGGGGGAGGGGGGCUGGUGUCAGUUGGAAAACCUGCCUGAAUGCAUUGGAAGCACACACCUUUGCAUGCUUGGAUGACUCACCUGGACCACAGGACCCACUGUCUAAACCAUGGAUGACCAAACUCAGGAUUGGGACCAUUUUAUUGCUGACUGCCACAGUAAAAUUGUGAAAGCUAGUUUUUUUGUGAGUUUGCAUUCAGGAAAAAGUGAUUUACAUUUAACCAAUUUUGUGUACUGACUAAUCAUGAUUGACUUCAAAAUUCUGUCUGGACCUGAAAAAGUUUGAUUUUAAAACUAUUUUCACCACAAUUAAUUAAUUUUUCACCAAAAAAAACACUACAUUUGGUUGUUUUGACACGUGUGAGCCCUUUAAAUAAAACUUGGUUUAAAUCAGAGGACUUCCUGCUUUAUUUAAAAUAGCCCUCCACACGUGAGAGCACCUUUCAGGUCAGCGCAUGCGCCCAACACCAAUGCGGAAGUAACAUUUUGUUUAUAGGGGGCACAAAUAACCUCCAUAAAGCCCACAGACUAUGGGGGUCCAUCUGUAGUGGGAAAAGUGUGCAGCCAACAGGAUGAGGUAAUUACGUGG